AUGAAGUGCACUUCAGCUGUUGAAGGGAACAAACAAGCAGACACAGGAGCAGAUUGUGGCCCAUGGAGUUCUCCUUGCGUCUCCUUGGAGAGCCAGCUCAGAGCCUCAGACAGCUGAAAAUACUGCCUCUUAGGUAAUGAAGAAAAUAAUGCGGAGUUCACAGUUGUUGAUUGUUUCCAGCAGAAAUUUGGCCCUGCAGUGCUGCCCCUAAAACAGCAAUGUGUUGUCAGAAUAGCAGAAGAAGGUGUUAAUUUGUGUCAUCAUGGAAAACUCUCAUGGCCUGAAACAGUAACAAAGAGGCAUGUUUUUCUAUUUGAUACCUUUCUUCUGGGACCCCAGGCUUUCAAAAAUGGAUUAAAAAUGGUGCUUGAAGAUAAAAACAUCUUGAAGAUCAUAUAUGACUGCUGGUAUGUCUCAGACUGUCUCUUUCACCAGUACAGUGUCCUUCAGUGUCGAUCCUUUCCCUCACAGGCUGCUGAUGCUCUGCAGUUUUCAAUGACUACAGGUGCUUUUCUUCCACACUGUGUCUGCACAUUACAGGAGUGUUUGAUGCAGCCCUUGAAGAUACCUUCCAAAUGGAAUGCCAUUCUGAAGUGCAGGCAGCAGUUGACUUCAAUGAGUGAUUCAGAGAAUCCUGACAUAUGGUUCUUGAGACUCUUCCCAGCUUCUCUGCUUAAUGCACUUGUUCUGAACGCUAUGUACCUCCUGCUGGUCCACUCAUCUCUAAUGGAUAACUUGAUGUCUGACCUAUCAGCUGUAGCACAUGGUUAUUUUAAUGCUUUGGACUGUCCUGGAGAUCACCUUGUGAGCACAAAUCCCACUUUUACAGAGCUGCCAGAGGAGCUGUGUCAGCUGGCAGACAUCCAGAAGCUGCAAAGGGAGAAAGCAAUAAAAGACUACAGGAUGAAUGAGGAUGGUCUUUUGGUGAGACCAGCCAUGGAAUCUAGUAGAGAAAAAAAUCCACAGAAGGAUGGAAACCACAGACAUAAUUGGAAUUGAUUUCCCACAAAUAAAGCAGGGUCUCAAAUCACGUUCUUCAACAAUUAUGAUGUAUUUUGUCAAAGAAGAGCUUGA